UAUAAACGACACCACCACAACCAUCGUAUUUUCUGACUCUCUCUCUCUCUCUCUCUCUCUCUCCUUGUUGAAGCGAAGCAAAGCAAAGCAGCGGAGGUUGAAGACGACGAGGACGACAUGGUUCUGUCACAGAGGCUUCACGAGGCGUUCAAAGGCACCGUCGAGAAAAUCACAGGGCCUCGCACCGUCUCCGCUUUCAAAGAGAAAGGCGUCCUCAGCGUCUCCGAGUUCGUCACCGCCGGCGAUAACCUCGUCUCCAAGUGCCCUACCUGGUCUUGGGAAUCCGGAGAGCCAAGCAAGAGGAAGCCAUACCUACCAUCUGAAAAGCAGUAUUUGAUUACUAGAAAUGUCCCUUGUUUACGCAGGGCUGCUUGUGUGGAAGAGGAGUAUGAAGCUGCAGGUUCGGAAGUUCUUAUCGAUAACGAAGAUAAUGAUGGCUGGUUGGCAACACACGGGAAGCCAAAGGAUAAAAGUAGUGAGGAGGAAAACUUUCCUUCCAUUGAAAGUUUAGAAAUCAGCAAGGUGAAGUCAGACCCCUCGCAAGUCGGGGGUGAAGAUGAAGAUGAUAUCCCUGACAUGGCUGAUUAUGAAGAAGCUGACAACAUUGAAAUAGAUCCUGGAACAUAUCUUGUUGCUCAUGAACCUGAUGAUGACAAUAUUUUACGGACCCGGACAUAUGAUGUCAGCAUUACGUAUGAUAAAUAUUACCAAACUCCUCGGGUGUGGCUUACUGGCUAUGAUGAGUCAAGAAUGCUUUUACAAGCUGAGCUUGUACUUGAAGAUGUCAGUCAGGAUCAUGCACGCAAAACUGUAACUAUUGAGGAUCAUCCUCACUUGCCCGGAAAGCAUGCAUCUGUCCAUCCAUGCCGACAUGGGGCUGUGAUGAAGAAAAUAAUUGAUGUACUAAUGUCACGUGGAGUGGAACCGGAAGUCGAUAAGUACCUCUUCUUAUUCUUGAAAUUUGUUGCCUCUGUGAUUCCAACCAUCGAAUAUGACUAUACGAUGGACUUUGAUCUUGGCAGCUCCAGCAGUUGAGCAAUUGACAGAGGUUGUUUAUGACCUACUUCACUGAACUUCUGUUUGAUUUGUAGCAGAUUGUAAAUGCGAUUGGGUGAGGCAGAUUGGAUUUGGAAGUAAAGACAUUGCUGCUUUUGGCGUAUCCGCAAAAUCUUCUCCCACUCAAAUUAUGCUCAAUUGCUUGUACAGAUGGCUAAAUUGUUUAGUUAGUUGUUGAUGUGUUGCUGUACAAAAUUUCCCAUCUACUAUUUGAUAAGGUUGUGCCAAGUUAGUGUCUACUGAUUGCACAAACAGUAUAUAAUAUAACAUUUUAAGCAAUUGUGUUGAUUAGAAAGUUUCAAGCAAUUCCUCCGAC